CUCCGCCCAAGUUCGGCGACGUUUGUUUAUCUCCCGAGAAGCGAAUGAUCACACGCUGACUGCAUCAUGGAUUUGUUGUAAAAUAUCGUAAUUUCUCCCUUUAAAACUGAAGCACAAUGGCAGCUGGGCCCAUUGCUGAGCGUAAUCAAGAUGCCACCAUCUAUGUGGGUGGCUUGGAUGACAAGGUGUCUGAGGGGUUGCUGUGGGAGCUGUUUGUGCAAGCAGGCCCAGUCGUCAAUGUCCACAUGCCAAAGGAUAGGGUCACACAGCAGCACCAGGGGUAUGGCUUCGUCGAAUUCAUGGGGGAAGAGGAUGCCGAUUAUGCUAUAAAGAUUAUGAACAUGAUAAAGCUAUUUGGUAAACCUAUACGAGUGAAUAAGGCUUCAGCACACCAGAAAAACUUAGAUGUUGGAGCAAACAUAUUUAUUGGUAACCUGGACCCAGAGGUUGAUGAGAAACUGCUUUAUGAUACAUUCUCAGCCUUUGGCGUUAUUCUACAAACACCAAAGAUCAUGAGGGACCCUGACACAGGCAAUUCCAAAGGUUAUGCCUUUAUCAAUUUUGCCUCCUUUGAAGCAUCUGAUGCUGCCAUUGAGGCAAUGAAUGGCCAGUAUCUGUGCAACCGGUCCAUCAGCAUUUCAUAUGCAUUCAAGAAGGACAGCAAAGGCGAGCGCCAUGGAACGGCUGCAGAACGUCUUCUGGCUGCACAGAACCCUCUCUCACAGGCAGACAAGCCUCACCAGCUGUUUGCCGAUGGGGGUGACCUCAAGUGCACCACCUGGAAUGUCAGUGCCACCCCCAGGUAUGCUUGUGCCCCCUCCACCACCUGUGCCUCCCCCACCUGGCACGUCAGCAUCUGUGCCACCCCUACCCAAUGCACCUCCCACCACAUCAGUACCUCCACCACCAGGGUCUGCCCCACCAUUACCCCCUAUGCCCCCACCCCCCUCCAAGCCUCCCCUCCCAGGACAACCACCCCUUCCUCCUUCAGGUCCUCCUCCAGUAUCAGGUGGGAACACAGGAAAUUCCGGUCCAGUGCCUCCCUAUGGGUAUCCUCCCCGGCCUGGCAUGCCACCUCCACCCUGGCAGGGAGGGCCUGGGAUGCCUCCUCCCCCAGGAAUGCCUCCACCAAGACAUGGCCCACCAGGCAUGCCUCCUCCUCCAGGUAUGCGUCCACCUCCACCUGGCUGGAGACCACCUCCUCCUGGAGGUCCUCCUGGACGUCCACCCUUUGGAAGGCCACCCUAUCCACCUCGAGGCCCUCAUGGACCUCCACCUAUGCCAGGAAUGGGACCUCCCAUGCGGGGUGGGCCCCCUCUUCCCCCAGGCCCACCUCCAACAGGUGGCCCGAUGCCACCUGGUCCUCCUCCACGACCUGGUAUGCGACCCCCUCCACCUGGAGUGCCUGUGUCAAGUGGGCCAAGUGGACCUCCUCCCCCAGGGAUGGGGGGGGUGAGAAGUGAUCAAGAUGGCCGUGCAGCGUAGCUUAUAUCACCAGACUUUACCUUCUUUUUGCCAUCAGGAUAAAUAUGAAAUGUAUUUAGCAUAAGAGCUUAUAGGGUUUUCUUUUCUAUUUCAAUAUUUUUUUUUGU